CACUUUCUCUUUAAAUGCAAAUUACCUCCUGCGAGCUCAGCUUCCACCCUUUCCGUUCCCGAGUUGGAAGAGUGCUGCGGAGGGCGGAGGGAACCCCCCACGGAAUUAUCACUCCAGACCGCAAACCUCCAGGGCCUGAGGCCUAGCCAGCAUCCAAUGGAGGACAAGAAGAAGAAAAGGAGUCCCAAGCCCUGCCUGACCCAGCCAGCCCAGCCCCCAGGCACACUACGCAGGGUCCCAGUGCCCACCAGCCACAGCGGCUCCUUGGCCCUGGGACUCCCUCAUCUGCCAUCCCCUAAGCAGCGGGCCAAGUUCAAGAGGGUCGGCAAGGAGAAAUGCCGCCCAGUGCUGGCAGGAGGUGGGGGUGGCUCUGCAGGCACCCCCCUGCAGCACUCGUUCCUGACCGAGGUGACCGACGUCUAUGAGAUGGAAGGCGGGCUGCUGAACCUGCUCAAUGAUUUCCACUCAGGCCGGCUGCAGGCCUUCGGGAAAGAAUGCUCCUUUGAGCAGUUGGAACACGUGCGGGAGAUGCAGGAGAAGCUGGCCCGGCUGCACUUCAGCCUGGACGUGUGUGGAGAGGAGGAGGAGGAGGAGGAGGAGGAGGAGGACGGGGUCACUGAGGGGCUACCUGAGGAGCAGAAGAAGACGAUGGCUGACCGCAACCUGGACCAGCUGCUCAGCAAUGGGACUUGACAGUGUGUGAGUGUGUGCACGCCUCCCAGAGAUAAAAUCAGCUUCGGCCUCCCCACCACCUUGCAGGAAUCUUUACAGAUAACCAACAUCCUCACCCCUCUCAGUCCUACAGAAUUAGCCACAAACUCCCCCUACCCAGGUAGAGGGUGCAGAAAGAAUUCCCCAAAUAUUAGAAGAAAGGUGGUUGCAGGGAAUAUGUUUUACUUGCUUAUCAAAAUCUUUGCAAGUACUUUAGCUGACACCAAUCCAUGGCAAAGCUUGUCUGAUGUCCUCCUAUUCUUUCAGCACUGAACAAUUCUUUUUACUGACUUAAAUUAUCUCCGCAUCUAGUUCUAUCAGAAGUAGUGCGGGUGCACGCUCCUGCAUGAUCUAAACCAAAAGCGAAGUGGGUAAGGCACCUAGCAAGAAGGACAGGCGAGGACUGCAACCCCAGACCACGGAGCACUCCAGAGUCCCUGGCCCCCGCCCCUUUGCGCAGUCGGGGAAACUGAGCCUGUGCAGGUUGGGAAAAUAGGGCUGCAAGGACCCGGGUCCAGAGCAUCACAAUCCUUGAC